CCUCAUCAACACCAAAACUGUUCUGAUUUAUUAGAAUUUUUUAAAUUCUUGGAAAUUCAUAAGGAAAUAUACAUUCCUUUGUGUUAUGUACGAACCAGUUUUCUUACAUUGUUCUAAGUCUAUAAGUCAAAUGGCGGUCGCGAAGUUCCAUUUAAAAUAACAUAAAUGCGUUAUAAAGAAAUAUUGAAUAUAUAUUUUGUACUCGGCGCAACGAGUAUGUUAAUCGUGUAAAUAAAAAAACAUUAUAAAUGUCCUCCAAAGUCAUGGAAACGCGUUAUUAUGAAGGAUGUGGACGCGAAGGGCCGAUUCGGUGUAUAUUUUUGGGUGAAUUUCAUCCUGUUGCUGGCCCCAAAAUAGGAUGUCAGUUCCCAGAAGACUACAUUUCAAAGGAACUUUUUGAUUCUAUCAGUGCUUACAUCAUUCCAAAACCUCAAAUCCAGAAAUGCACAAUGACUGUAAAUGCUUUAGGACACAAAAUUGUUGGCUAUCCAAUACGUAUAGAAAAUCCAAGAUAUGAACGCAACAUGUAUCUAUUCAACCUAUGCUUUGUGUGCGAUAGCUGGUCUAAGACUGUACAGUAUGAACCUGUUGUUAAAAAGCUUGGUGAACAUUUGACAAUCAUGGAGGAGGAAACACGAUUUGUCUCAAGUGGUUCGUCCAAGCUUCCCACACUGUUAGCUCAUUUACUACAUGACUUGAACACAUAUAGGAGGGCUACUUUGGUCGAAGGCGACACAGUAAUGCAUUUAAAAGUGCUCGAAGUAAGGAAGGACCCCCCAGCCGUGCACGAUUUCGAUGUACCGGUACUGGUGUCAUCCGUGGGUCUACCGAGACCGGGUAGACCUCCCCGGACCAGACCGCCCGAGGAUUCUGAACGGCAGAGCCAGGAGCACUUGGAUGUGGAGGAUGAUGAACCGUUCGAGAUUGAUAUGGAUGCCGAUUGGGACUUGACUACACGACAGCUCUUGCCUUUCAUCAACGGUUACAACCAUGUAUCCAAAAUUGCAUCUGACACAAAUGUUGAGAAGACCCUAGUCAAAUCCUGUAUACAGAACCUAGUUUAUUACGGUGUGGUUAUACUAAUCCCAGUGCUGAAAUUCAGUAACAUGUACCGAGCAACGCCGAAUCUCAGCCGACUGUUCAGUGACCAGGAGAUGCAGAAGUCUUGUCUCACUUUUAUUAACAAAGGAGAUCUUAAAGAAAAGAAAGAAGUCGACGAGAACGUGGCGCGUCAGCCGUCGCUCGCGGACGUGGUGACGGUGCUGUGCGCGCUGCAGCAGGGCACGACGCUGCGCGCGGUGUGCGAGCGGCACGCGGCCGCGCUCGCGCCCGCGCUCGACGUGCGCCGGCUCAUCGUGUUCGCGCAGCUGCACGGCCUCGUGCGCUGCCUCAAGCGGUACCCAGUGUACAUACGGAACACGAGUCGGCCGAACGGCUUCAACAGCCGCAUGGACGCGGCGCUGGGCAUCAGGCGGCUGUUCACCGGCAAGCACUGUGCGGACGAGAUAUGCUGCAUCGCGAGGAUCGACCUGCCCACCCUCGACCAGAUCAUUGAUGACGAUCCGAAUGUUGCGGUCAUAUGGAGAUAAGAACACCCUCCCCCUCUUCCCUCCUCUCUCCCACUUGGCAAUAUGGCGCUAAUUUAUAUUUAUAUACAUGGUUUCAACCAAUCUCCCCCUUCAAUAUUACUCUGGUAAGAACAUGCCGCUACUGUUCCGGUAUAGGUAGUAGAAAAAAUUUCUGAAACUCGGAAUGUGAAUGUUGAUAGAAAUUUUAAUGAACGACAAUUUGAUGUCUUUUUUUACUUUUUGUACGUAAUUUAUUUAUUUUUGUAUUUUUAUGUGAUAGCGAAUGUAUAUACAUUGAAGUUUUAUUUAUUUCUAACUCUGCGGAGUGUGGCUUGUGUAAAUUUUGUAGCUCAAGUUACGGUAAAAGGACGACUUAUUUUUUUUUUUUCUAUAUUCUCUAAGAUUUCUCAUCAUUGAUUCACAGUAGAUUAAAUAAACACUCUUCCUUUACGGAUGUAGGUUCUUUGAUAUAAAUUUAAUUACGUCUAAAUUGUCCGUAAGAAAAUCUAAUCAUUUGUCAGUAUGCAUACUGCACAUAAAACCCAAUUGAUAAUAUAUUCGAUGAGAGUUACAUUAUUGCUUUCUAUCAUAGAAGAUGUCUCUGAUUAUUUUUUAUACUUUAAACAAAAUAUUUAUUACAAAACCAGUAAAAUAUCAGCAAUCUCUUGAAUUCAGAUUAAAGAAAUCCCAAGUCGAUAACGUUAGGCGGCUGAUUUGCUUUGACAUUCAACACAUGGAGGUUAGAUGACAUUUUAACGAUACAAUGUUGUAAGUUAACCUACUUAAUCAAUACAAACAGUAUUAGCGAUAUUUCCAACUGAUUUGUAAGAAAAUUAUGGGGCAUAUUUUAAAUGAACGCAAUUGCGAUUGUCUCUUCUUAUUUUGUCUUAUUUAAGUGUCAACUUUAAAAAAACUUCUUUUUUGUUUAUCUAUUCGAAUAGUUUAUAAAUGGUUUAAUUACUGUGUGUAUUCCUAAAUGAAUUAAUCCCUAAACAAAACAAAGCACUACAUCGUUUUUGCGUUUGCGUUGCAUUCGUUUACUCAUACCCAUCUCUUUUUGUUGUAUCGAAUGUAAAUAAAAAGUGAAGGGGUUUCAUCGUUUGUAGAAAGAGAUGAACUUAUUAUAACGCUUACCCAUCUAUUCAUACCAAUCCAACCAAAACACCCGACCGUUUUUCCAUAUGUUAUCA